AGCAACUCUAGUCUCGGCUCAUACAUCUCACCAACAAUACCACUUCUUCAAAGCAUAACCAACGAUAUCAGCUUAAAACGACCACCCCAAACCCAUACCCGCAACCAUGAAGUUCUUCACUCUCGCCUUCGCCGCCACCGCCUCUGCCGCAGCUGUCAAGCGCUGCGGCGGAUCGGCCGGAUCAGCCCCCGUUUUCGACGUGACAGAGUUCACAGCCGGCUGCACUCCUCACUCCGUUUUGUGCCACUACUCCUUCAAGGUCGUCCGGCACAACGCGGGCGAGACCACCCCCGUCUCGUGCAGCGCCACCCAGCCCGCGUUCGGCAGCAACCAGCUGCCCAGCGUCAGCGAAGGCACCUGCGAGAACUCUUCGCGCACCUUCAAGAUCGUGCGCUCCGAGGGACCGGCCAUUGCGCUCUUCGUCUCGCAGCCCGUCUCGCCCAGCACAAACAUUACCGGCGUCCACCAGAUCAACCCCGACGAGCUCGCCUACACCAACCAGCAGGUUCCGACAGGCGUGGUUCAGACGUACAUUGGCAGCCCCAACUUUCCCCUCAAUGCUCCGGAGGUUUGAGCUUGACAUCGGCCUUAGGUGCGAUGAGCAUGAUAGUUGCUUUGCAUAUACGUUAGGAUUUAAGCGCUUCUAGGCUGUUAGCAAGUCAACAACAUACCAAGGAAGACCUUGUUAGAACUGGGUCAGUAAACGCAUAUCUCACCCUCGAAAUCACUACACGUGCUCAUUUCUUCAUAUGCGUACAGACCUUCGGCACGGGCCGUGUUUUUUGCAUCUCGUUUAUGCUUGAAGGAUAUUUGCCCGAGACUUCGGUCGUAUCUAUGUCAUUGUGCUCGAAUUUAUACAGAUUCAAUGUAAAGAAGAGCAGAAGUGGCUCGCGGACCUUUGUAAUCA